UAUAUUAAGUUCAUCAAGUUCUACAUUGGAAGCAAUUGAAUUGCUCACACCAUUUCAAGUUUGCUCACAUCAAUGAUUUACGCAUCUCCGGAGUGGUGGGAUAAUCACGAAGCGGGAUGUAGAUUAACAAAAUCGUUCAACCGAGAGCCGCCAAAAUUUUGGGAUAUAAUGGUACGAUGUUUUGCGUUACAUGAUGUAUACUCGCAACCCCAACAUUCUGCACGACAAAGAAGACAAGAGAUAAUGAAUGAGAGACGAGGUGAUGACUCCACACAUGGAUACUCAGAUUUUGAUGGGAAUGAGAUGCUAGACACUGAAGUUCCAGACACACAAGAAAAUGAAGAAGUGUAUCGGGUCAACCUAGAUGAUGAUUCACAUCCUUCAAAUGAAUUUACCCAUGAUGCAGUUGGAAUCAAUAUUGGAAGAGGUGAACAACGUGGGAGACGUGGAAGUAGUUCACACUCUAGUGGCAGACGAGGGGGUAGUUUGGAUAGAUCAGGUGGAAGCUCAGGAGCUAAUGUUGGAAGUGGUUCACGAGGAAGUCAGCGAAAACAAUCAUUUGAGACAACAAUGCAAGAAACUAUUACUGGGUUUAGAGAUUUUCAACGACAAAGUCUACAACAACUUCUUCCUGGUGCGUUUGAUCAAGAUGAUUACGAUGAAUGGAAAAAGGCGGAAGCGUUAUUCCUUGAUCUACAAGUUACAAAACAUACUAAAUUUUAUUGGAAAUGUCUUAAUACACUCCAAGAGUUAAAAUAUGUUUUGUAUGUUUAUGUUUUCAGUGUCAUGUCAUUGUAAAAUUUAAAUUGAAAUGUUGCUUAUGGUUUUAUUUUUGCUUUUAAAAUUUUCAGGCGUUUCGUAUAUGCCAACUGCGGUCACAAGGUGUUCACAAUCUAAGCUACGAAGAGAGAGUUGAGUUGUGGAAUUUGGAAA